UAUCUUGCUAGCUAAUUAGCAAUACAUUCUAGCAUAUGUUAACAUUAGUUGACUUGGUUGAAUAUGUGCUGUUACAGUAGUGAUAUAUUAGCUCGCUAACUGGUAGAUGGCUAGCUAGUGCUAAUGUAAAACUUGUGAAUUAAAUUCGUGGAGCAAACUUUGCUAGCUAUAAUUGUCCUGCGCCGAUACCUAAUGACUUUAUGAUUUGGCUACUAUUCCAGGCUAAUUUGUACACACAAUUGGAUAGUUAUCGAACUGAACAUCGAGCGUUUGAGAUUAGCAUCAGUACUCUGCCUUCGCGUUGACUUCUUUCAGUCAUGCCAACUUGCACUCUGCUUGUGUUCAGGAUGAAAAUGUCCGUUUGUUGGCUUAUUCGGAAGGAUGGAAGUCAUAAGCCAAUACGACUACCUCAUCUCCAGACUGUGGUGUUAGGCCGUGGCCCCGAAACAACAAUUAAAGAUAAAAAGUGCUCCAGGGAGCAAGUGGAACUGAAGGCAGACUGCAGCAGGGGAUACGUCACUGUGAAACAGCUCGGUGCGAACCCCACCUGCGUGGGUCGCGACCCCGUGGGGAAGGGCAGGGAGGUGAAGCUGAAAGCGGGGCAGCUGCUGCACAUGGUGCACCAGCUGUACCCCUAUACCGUCCGGUUCCGGGGGGGGUCCCCCGACUCCAAGAGACCCCCCCCGCCCGUCCCAGCCGAGCGGGGCCCGGACCCCCCGCCCCCCCGCCCAGAGGGUCCCGAAAAAGGCCCCCGCCAGCACGGCCCCGCAGGCGGUGCAGAAACGCCCCCCACAAAGACUGUCGGCGGCAGCAGCACAAAGGACAGUGGGGGACACUGGAGCCAAGGCCUGAAAGCCAGUAUGCAGGACCCCACAAUGCAGGUUUAUAAGGACGAGAUGGUGGUGGUCAUUAAGGACAAGUACCCGAAGGCGCGCUACCAUUGGCUGGUCCUGCCGUGGGAGGCGGUGGCCAGCCUCCGGGCCCUGCAGGGGGCGCACUGCGGCCUGCUCAGGCACAUGCAGCGUGUGGCAGAGCGCAUGGUGCAGCAGUGCCCCGACGCACAGAGCCUCCGCUUCCGCAUGGGCUACCACGCCAUCCCCAGCAUGAGUCAUGUUCAUCUACACGUGAUCAGUCAAGACUUCGACUCUCCCUGCCUGAAGAACAAGAAGCACUGGAAUUCCUUCACCACCGACUAUUUCAUAGAAUCUCAAGAUGUUAUAGAGAUGCUGGAGCGGGACGGCAGGGUGACGGUGAAGCCCGGCUCAGACCAGCUGCUGAAGCUGCCACUGCGCUGCCACGUGUGCCGCAGUGAGCUCCCCACCAUCCCCCAGCUCAAACAGCACCUGAACACCCACCUGCCCACGUGUGCCGCAGAGAGCUCCCCACCAUCCCCCAGCUCAAACAGCACCUGAACACCCACCUGCCCAGGUGUGCCGCAGAGAGCUCCCCACCAUCCCCCAGCUCAAACAGCACCUGAACACCCACCUGCCCAGGUGUGCUGCAGAGAGCUCCCCACCAUCCCCCAGCUCAAACAGCACCUGAACACACACCUGCCCACGUGUGCCGCAGAGAGCUCCCCACCAUCCCCCAGCUCAAACAGCACCUGAACAC